AUGGCUGUCUUGCCGGCGGUGCUUGCGCUGCUGGUGCCGACCAGCUUGGCCGGCCCCGAGGACAUCGACAACUCGCAUUUCAACAUCGAGUCGUUCACCGAUGAAUGCUCCUUGGCAAGCGCCGUGUCAUUCGUGCAGGGCCUCUAUCCUCGGUCCCCGGGCAGCCCGUGCGAGCAGAACGCCGACCCGGACUACGGGCCUGGUGAAGGCUCGAAGCUGAACGAUCCUUUGUGUGACCAUCAGUACCCUAACAUCAGGACCGUUCACCCCGACCUGGAUCCUGACUCGAUAUGGUCCCAUGGCCAUGAGAAUUGCCGAAAGCGCGAGAACUCACUGCUCCUGUUUUCCAAUAAUAGUGUGGCCGAGUCGAUCCAUCAGAAUACCGAGGAGUUCUACGGCAGUCUCUGGGACGCCAUAUUCUACGAGGCACUCCCGCUCUCGCAGGCCAAUUUCUACAACGCUUAUGACCUAUACGACUACGCUGCUUACCGCUGGAACAAUGACAACAGGACAGCGUUGGCCCUGAAUGAGGGCGACCUGGAUGAGCUCGGCCAGCUCGCCUGGCAGGAGCAGAGCCUCCGGCAUGCAAACGUCACUGGCGCUGGGGGCGCUCAGGACGACGACUUGACUCAAGCCAUUGCUGGCCGCACGCUCGCAAGCAGGGUCACGGCCUUGUUUGCCGAGAACAUCGAGUCUCGUGGAGCACAAAACAAGUUGAACCUUGCCUUUACCUCGCACGAGCCGUUCCUCGCCUUCUUCGCACUCACUGGUCUCAGCACCGGCGCCUCAAGCCAUCAGUUUUCGCAACUUCCGAGCGCGGGUGCGACGUUGACCUUCGAGCUCUUCUCUGUCGACGACGGCAACGACACAGGGGAGACACACCAAGAACACGAAACCACCAGCUCGGUCGGCGAGACCUCCCCUAAGGUCAACAUCGAACCCACGUACCGUUACAACAAUGGCAAGCGCGCCGCUCCCCCCAGCAAACGCACCAGCUCUUACGACUUCACCGCCGGCACUUACUCCCAGAAGGCCAUCGACGACAGCACCAUGUUUCUGGGAUAUGGCACCUCUUCCCCUGACUACGGCAACCAGGCCGCAGAUCACGUCACCACCACACCGGACAGUAGCAGCACCGCCUAUCCAUCCAUCGACCAGCUCCACGUGCGGUUCCUCUACCGCAACUCGACGGAUGCACGCGGCGCCCUCGUGCCGUACCCGCUGUUCGGCAGCGACCAGGCGCACAUGAGCUUCAAGCACUUCAACGCGACCAUGUGGAGCAUCGGGAUUGCCAACGUUACGACGUGGUGCAGCGUUUGCGAGAGCAACACUUUCUUCUGCGCCGCGGCCGACCCGCCCCCGGCCAGGGGCCACCACGCGUGGCCGGCGAUCGUGCUGGGCGGAGCGGCGCUGGCGGUUGUCCUGUUCAUCAUCCUUAUCGUCCUCAUUCUCAUGUGA